GCGCCUGCCUCCUCUUCUUCGACUUAUACGCCUCCCUCUCCCAACUCACCGCGCACUAGCUCCCCAGCCUACUGUCCCAUUUCGUCCGCUAUGCAGUCCACCGCGGCCGUCUCCGUCUCCGCCUCGGCGACCGCGUCCCGCGGCGGCGCCAGAUCCGAGGCCGCGCGGCGGCCAGGUGGGGUCCGGGUCUGCGGACUCCGGGGCGAGGCCCUAGCGUGCCCCUCGCUGCGGAUCUCGCAGGUGCCAGCGAGGCUGGCGGUGGCGAGGGCCGCGGCGGCGACCAAUGGCGCGGUGGCGGGGAGCGGCGGCUUCGAUUACGACCUCGUCAUCAUCGGCGCGGGCGUCGGGGGUCACGGCGCCGCGCUCCACGCCGUUGAAGAGGGUUUGAAAACAGCCAUAAUUGAGGGAGAUGUUGUGGGUGGGACUUGUGUAAACAGAGGUUGUGUCCCAUCGAAAGCACUCCUUGCUGUCAGUGGUCGAAUGCGGGAGCUUCAUGAUGAACAUCAUUUGAAGUCUAUGGGUCUACAGGUUUCUUCUCCUGGAUAUGACAGGCAAGGUGUUGCUGAUCAUGCAAGCAAUCUUGCCUCAAAAAUCCGUAGCAACUUGACUAACUCAAUGAAAGCUCUGGGAGUGGAUAUAUUGACAGGUGUUGGCACUAUUGUGGGAAAGCAAAAGGUACGAUAUGGAAAAGCCGGUUCUCCAGAUAAAGAAAUCACUGCCAGAAACAUCAUAAUUGCCACUGGUUCAGUUCCUUUUGUUCCCAAAGGGAUUGAGAUUGAUGGGAAAACUGUAUUUACCAGUGAUCAUGCACUGAAACUUGAGUCAGUUCCAGACUGGAUAGCUAUUGUUGGAAGUGGUUACAUUGGACUUGAGUUCAGUGAUGUAUACACAGCUCUUGGAAGUGAGGUUACUUUCGUUGAAGCUCUUGACCAGCUGAUGCCUGGAUUUGAUCCUGAAAUUGCAAAAUUAGCCCAGAGAGUUCUUAUCAAUCCUCGGAAAAUUGACUAUCACACUGGUGUUUUUGCAAGCAAGAUUACUCCAGCAAAGGACGGAAAACCUGUGCUCAUCGAGCUUAUUGAUGCGAAGACAAAGGAACACAAAGAAACCCUUGAGGUUGACGCAGCUCUUAUUGCCACAGGAAGGGCGCCAUUCACCAAAGGGCUUGGCUUGGAAAACAUCAAUGUCGUUACACAACGUGGUUUUGUGCCUGUUGAUGAACGGAUGCGAGUCAUGGAUGCAGAUGGCAAUGUGGUACCCAAUUUAUAUUGCAUUGGAGAUGCCAAUGGCAAACUCAUGCUUGCCCAUGCUGCCAGUGCACAAGGAAUUUCAGUUGUUGAACAAAUCUCUGGAAAGGAUCACAUCCUAAAUCAUUUAAGCAUCCCGGCCGCAUGUUUUACUCAUCCAGAGAUUAGUAUGGUUGGGCUGACAGAGCCACAAGCCAGGGAGCAGGCAGACAAAGAAGGAUUUGAGGUAAAUGUUGUGAAGACUAGCUUUAAGGCUAACACUAAAGCUUUGGCAGAAAAUGAAGGAGAUGGGAUUGCUAAGUUGAUUUACCGACCUGACACGGGUGAAAUUCUUGGGGUUCACAUUUUGGGUUUGCAUGCUGCUGAUCUCAUCCACGAGGCCUCCAAUGCCAUUGCCCUAGGAACACGUGUACAAGACAUCAAGUUUGCUGUUCACGCUCACCCCACAUUAUCCGAGGUCCUGGAUGAACUCUUCAAAGCAGCAAAGGUUAAUUCCGGUGUUUCUCAUUCUGUAAAUGAACCAGUUGCAGCCUAGAGAAGGGCGGGAUAGCAAGCCAAGGCAGCCACCCCAACCGCUCCUGAAGGUCCUCAGCUUCCUCACGACCCUGUUUUCUUCCCCAAAACGAGAUCGGCAACGGUAAAGGGGAGGUUGUUGUUGUAGGUAGUAUCUGUAGGUUACAGAUUUGAGGAAAGAAAUUAUUCAUCAGUGUCGAAAAUACAUACAAGCACACAAAUGUUUCUUUUUUGGGGGUCCAGAUUAUAUGUAGAGGGUCUUCUGCCGUUGGGGUGGGUUUUUGUUGGCUUCGUUAUUGCAAUAUUUGUUGUUGGUUGCCCUGUAAGAUGAAGUGACGAGACUAGCUCAGCUCAGCUUGUUUGAAAUAAUAAUCCAUGUACCAUGAUUCAAAA